UCCCCUUUUCCCGUCUAUAAGCUAUAACUUAUUAGUUCAAAUGUGCUCGGCCAGCAGUCGCAAGCAGCAGCCAUAGCUAACAGCAGCAGCAGCAGCAUUGUGAAGGUCGCGCGCCAGUUCCAAGAACAAUUUAUUUUCUGUGUGUGGCGCGAGAGUGCGAGCGAAUCAAUUGUUGUUAGCCAGAACAGAACAGAACAGAACCUCGUCCAAAAUCUGUCCAUUAUCUGUAUAGCAACCGGACUAACUGGCAUUUCAUACGGCAUCAAUACAGUGAUAGAGACAUGGCCUUCAACAUGAAAGCCCUGCUGGGCAUGCUCUUCGUGUUCAUUGGAUGCUGCAGCAAUGUGGUCUUCCUGGAGCUGAUCAUCCAGAUCGAUCCGGGGGCAGGCAACCUGAUCACGUUCUCGCAGUUCCUGUUUAUUGCGCUGGAGGGCCUGAUAUUCACAUCGAAGUUCUUCACGGUGAAGCCGAAGAUCGCCCUCAAGGACUAUGUCAUCCUGGUGCUGCUCUUCUUCGGGGCGAACGUGUGCAACAACUACGCCUUCAACUUCAACAUUGCGAUGCCGCUGCACAUGAUCUUCCGCAGCGGUUCGCUGAUGGCCAACAUGAUUAUGGGCAUCAUACUGCUGAAGAAGCGCUACAACCUGCGCCAGUACAGCUCCGUGGCCAUGAUUACGGCGGGCAUUGUGCUCUGCACUUUGGUGUCCAGCGGCGAUGUCAAGGACAACACACACCACACGCUGAAGGUGGCCACAUCGUACUCGGACUUCUUUUGGUGGUCGGUGGGCAUUGCCCUGCUGACGAUCGCCCUCCUCGUGACUGCCUACAUGGGCAUCUACCAGGAGGUUAUCUACAAGCGCUACGGCAAGCAUCCUAGCGAGGCGCUCUUCUUCACCCACAUGCUGCCCCUGCCCGGAUUCCUCUUCAUGGCCGGCAACAUUGUGCAGCACUUCAACAUUGCCGUCGCCUCGGAGGCGGUGGCUGUCCCCGUCCUGAGCGCCCUGGGCCUCGACUGGAAGUUCCCGCUGAUGCUCUUCUACCUUAUCUGCAAUGUUGUGACGCAGUACGUCUGCAUCAGUGCCGUCUACGUGCUGACCACCGAGUGUGCCUCGCUCACCGUCACCCUGGUGGUGACGCUGCGCAAGUUUGUCUCCCUUCUGUUCUCCAUUCUGUAUUUCCGCAAUCCGUUCACGGCCAACCACUGGAUCGGCACCAUUCUGGUCUUCUUCGGCACCAUACUGUUUGCGAAUGUGAUCAAUCAGCUGAAGGAUGCCUAUCAGGCGAGAUCAAAGCGUCGCUUCGACAUCGCGCCCCAGCCAAAGAAGGUGGACUAAGCCCACAAAUCAGUCCACCACACUUGUAUACUUUGGAUGCUGCUGCAGAGGCCAUUACUAGAUAUCUGUUUAGUCCUAAUUAAAUGCAUUGAUUGUACAUAGAAUUUACACAUAUUUUAAUAUCUCUGAAUACCUUAGUUUAUAGUUGCAUCUUGAUAUAUUUUGUAUAUCUCC